ACAAAUUACAGCUAUUUUUUUUUUAAACGAGUGCUAAUCAAAAUCAAAAUAAGCUAAACAACUACAGAAAGCUCUUUUCUUAAAAAUGAUGUUAGAAAAUCUGAAAACGGAGAUGGCAGAGAGAUCGAAAUUCAGCAUUGGAAAGCGAAAUCGAAUGUUGGCACUGGUAAACUACAUAUCUUUAAGACCAUGAUUGAUACAGAGAAAUAAAUAAAUGGCUUUAAAGCCAUGUUUGAGAACGAAGGCGGUGACAUUUAUUUAUCAUCAUGGCAGGAGUAAAAUUAGAAUGAGUAACUCCACAUGCUUUAAUUGUUAUCAUGUUAUUCCAUCGCGCAUUGAGCUUACUACACACAACACCCAUGCAAACAUAUUUCUGUAUCCACACCUAUUGCACAACUGGGCUGCCAAGAAUUCGCUUUCAGUUGGUAAACAAGGCUUUCGGCUUUUCUACUGGUGCAUUUUUUCAAAACAAACUUAUAAACAUGUACGCCAAUUGGGGUAGUUGGAUUGAUGCACGCAAAGUGUUCGACGAAAUGACCAAACAAGAUGUCUUCUCAUGGAAUGUGAUCAUUACGGCUUACAGAAGAUAUGGAUGCUCUCAUGAGGCACUGAAACUUUUUAAUCAAAUGCAACAAACUGGUAUCCAACCCGAUCAGUUCACAUUUGCAAGCAUUCUCCCAGCUUGUGGCAAAAUAGGAAUUUUGGGACAGGGUAUGGAUAUACAUCAAAGCAUUAUUGAAAGCGGAUUUUCAUCGGAUGUUGUAGUUGCGAACUCCCUGAUAGAUAUGUAUGCAAAAUGUGGAAAUAUACAGAAGGCACGGGAAGUGUUUGACAAUAUGCCUCAAAGAGAUGUGAUCUCGUGGAAUGUUAUGAUUGCAGGAUAUGCACAAAUUGGUUUUCUUGAGGAGGCUUCACAGCUUUUCAAAGAAAUGUCUCAAAGGGAUGUGGUCUCGUGGAAUGCUAUGAUUUCGGGAUAUGUUCAAAAAGGUUUUCUUGAUGAGGCUUUCCGUCUUUUCAGUGUAAUGCCUCAACGAGACGUGAUCUCAUGGAAUACAAUGAUUGCAGCAUAUGCUCAAAGGGGUUUUCUUGAGGAAGCCUCAAGGAUUUUCAAAGAAAUGCCACAACCAAAUGUGGUCUCAUGGAAUACAAUGAUUGCAGGACAUACAAAAAAUGGUGAUCUUGAUAAGGCUUUAAGGUUUUUCAAUGAAAUGCCUCAUCGAGAUAUCGUCACAUGGGAUGCAAUUAUUGCAGGAUAUGCACAAAAUGGGAUUCUUGAUAAGACAUUAAGGUUUUUCAAAGAAAUGCCUCAUAAAACUGUCAAUUCAUGGACUGCGAUGAUUUCAGGAUACGCACAAAACGGUGAUCUUGAUAAGGCUUUGAGGCUUUUCAAAGAAAUGCCUCAAAGAAAUGUGGUCUCGUGGAAUGCGAUGAUUGCAGGAUAUGCACAAAAUGGGCUUAUUGAAAAUGCCUUGGAAACUUUUAAGCAAAUGCAAUUGGCAGCUGUAAAGCCAAACUCCACAACCUUUGCCAGCAUCCUUCCAGCCUGUGCCAAAAUGGGAGCUUUGGAACAUGGUAUGGACAUACAUCAAAGCAUUAUUGAAAGUGGAUUUUUGUCAGAUGGUGUGCUUGGGAGCGCCCUGGUGGACACGUACGCAAAAUGUGGAAGCAUUCAUAAGGCACGUAAACUGUUUGACAGAAUGUCUCUUCUAGAUGUGAUCUCAUGGAAUGGUAUGAUUGCUGGGUAUUCACAAAAUGGGCUUCCUGAAAAGGCCUUAGAGACUUUUAAGGAAAUGAAAUUUGCAGGCGUGACUCCAGAUUCUGCAACCUUCGCUGGUAUUCUUCCAGCCUGUGCAAAAAUAGGAGCUUUGGAUCAGGGUAUGGACAUCCAUCAAAUCAUUAUUGAAAGUGGUUUUCUGUCAGAUGUUUUAGUUGUGAGUGCCCUGGUUGACAUGUAUGCAAAAUGUGGAAGCUUAAGGAAGGCACGUGAAGUGUUUGAGAAAAUGUCUCAACGAGAUACGGUCUCAUGGAAUGUGAUGAUUGCAGGAUAUGCGAUGCAUGGCUUUCGGAAGGAUGCUCUUAAACUUUUUGAACUAAUGGAGCACUCUGGAAUAUACCCUGACCAUGUAAGCUUCGUUUGUGUUUUAUUUGCUUGCAGCCACGAUGGUACCGUAACUGAAGGAUGCAAAUACUUCAAUGAUAUGAGGGAGACUUAUUGCAUUAUGCCUACAAUGGACCACUAUAUAUGCAUGGUUGAUCUUCUUGGCCGUGCUAACUAUCUUGAGGAAGCUUUAAACAUUAUCAUCAAAAUGCCAAUUAAACCUGCGCUGGUUGUGUGGAUUUGUUUGUUGGGUGCUUGCAGGUCAUAUAAGGACAUAGGUUUAGGAAUAUUUGUAUCAACUCUCCUUUUUGAUUUGGAUCCUAAAAAUACUGCACCUUAUGUCCUUCUGUCAAACAUUUAUGCAGAAGUGGGAAGGUGGGGUGAUGUUCAAGAGAUAAGGAGACUGAUGAAAGAUAGAGGAAUUAAAAAGAUGCCUGGAUGUAGUUGGAUUGAAGUCCAUAACUUGGUACAUGUUUUUCUUCAGGAGACAGACCACAUCCUCAAUUAAAGGGCAUCUAUGAGAGUUGGAAAAUUAGUCUUGGGUGAUGAAGUCUGUAGGACAAUUUCCAGAUUCAAAACCUGUACACGAUAUGUGAGGAGGAAAAAUAAUUGUCAGCUGCCAACAUUUUGAGGAAUUGGGUAACUACAUUCCGAUUACAAUUAGAGUUAUAAAGAGCUUCUAAUAUGUGUUAAUUGUUACACUGCAUUAAGUUUAUCUCCAAGACUGUUGCAAGAGAAAUUCCUGUUACAGGUUUGAAUUAGUUCCAUCAUUUCAUAAAAGGACAAGGUUAUUGUCUGGAGAAUUGAUGAUACAAAGCGAAGCAAGCUGUCAAUAUAAAUUUUCACCAUAACAAGGUGCAUAAUAUCGGAUUUGUCAUGAUGAGGAGGAGAAAAGUCUUAUUUUCAGUUUCUAAGUGUUUCUUCUAAGUAUUUGGAGAGCUGGACCAUGCUGUUAACUUUAUAAAAUCAGAUGUGUAGUGUGCAUGGAGGUCUUAUGACCUUGAACGAUAUUUAAAGAAGCCCGUACAUCUAUGGAAUGAAAAUUUGGAGGAGGUGGAGAAUGGAAGAAAAAGGAGACGAAUGUUUGAGGGAAAGAGAAACAUGCCAAUCAGGAAGAAACUUUAGAGAGGAAUAAUCCACCACUUGUGAACCAUGAGGAGAGCAUCUUUGGACCAACAGAAUUUUAUUAUAUGAACUUUCUUGAAAGAUGACCAACAGAAGGUGAGAGAACAUGCUUGUGAAACAGAAGAGAAGGCUGGGGAGACGAAAGAGUUUGUGGAGAAUAUAUAAGCUGUGAGUAGAUAAGUUUAGUGUGCACCAUUUUUGGGUCCUUACAGAAAUCUCUACAGCCUGGUGUUGCUAGAUUUAUUAAAAAAUAUGACUGCAGGUUUGUGUCUGAGAAACAUCUUAAGUUUGUAAAAGUUACCCUGGUUGUGUAUCAUUCACAAAAUAAUGAGUGUAAUAGAAUCAGAGAGCUGCCAAAGCUGUAGGUUUUCCUCAUAUAGAGAAACUCAUUCAUGGGAAUUUGCGCUACAGGCUUGCCAGCAAGUGGCAGAUCAUGGAGCUGAAUGUCUCUUCCAACUGCUUUAAGGAUGCCACCCUGCCCCUUCCUGCCCCUUCUCUGUGCUGGAGACAAGCUGUUUAAGCAUAUCAUGUUUUCCAACCACAUCAGUAGCUAAAUUCUCACUCCUCCCACUACUUGCUCACAGCGAUGGUGUUUCCAAGUCACAGAUCAUUUGCACUGAUUUCAUGCUAUGUUUUCUCCAUUCAGCAUAAUGAUGCUUCAUAGCUGCGAUGUUUGUUCAGUUUGUUCCAAAGCUUCUCCAUGAACUACAAUUUUCUGGUUCACACUAUGUUUUGUCAUUAUUUGCAGAUUUGCAUAAAAUAUAUUGAUAUGUUAUAUAUUCUUUCGCAGUUCCAAUCAAAUUGUACUCAGCCUUCAAAUUCUUCAGUCAGUUGCAGAAUCAUGUAGAUUUUCUCCCAAUUUCUGACCACAGUGUUGCUCCAUAGCUCCUCAGCACCGAUAGUGGAACCCUUGCUCCCUCAUCUAGAUACUAUCAGGAAAAUAUAGGGAAAGCAAUUACCUUGCCAAUUUUAUUUUGUUUCCACAGUACAUCUUGUCAUGCUUGGACUCUAGCUAUAACACCUGCUCUGUCAAUAAAGAAAAAAAGUUGAACUCCUUGUCCAAUAUCAAGUGAGUUCAAUUGGAAAGCAACCAGGGGAGUUUGGUUGUCUGAGAAUCCCCUAUUCAAACAAAUGGGUUUGCUGAAAUGUUUGAUGAUUAUAUAUGUUAGAAUCUAUCUCUGAAAGUGAGGACAUGGGGGAAAUCAGUGUGAUAGGCCUUGCCAUUUCCAGAAAUGAAUAGGACAUGGUUAUGCCAGAUCUGAUGUUUAUGGCUCAAGGACCUGGGAUUAGUGUCACGAAGCCUUGAAAUUCUAAUUCCGAAAGGGAUUUCUACUGGCAGCAGUGGAGGAGAUGGAUAUGAUGCUGGAUUUGAAGAUAUUGAGAAGUACCAUCAGAGAAUGCUUUCAGAAAAUCCCAUAAAUUCUGUCAUCUUGAGGAAUUAUGCUUAGUUUUUGUUAGAGUUUAGUAUUUUUCUAUUUUUAAUUUUAUUAGUAUUACAUUGACAAUUCGAAAAUGUAGGAUUUAUGAAAGGUGAAUUCAAUCAUUCUCUGCUUUUGUAUGACUUAACCUCCAAAAUUAGCUAUUUUGCAAUUUGUUGGUGAUCCUUUCGGGAUUAUACUUGAGUGCAAGAGGAAUCGCAGCGGCAUUGCUAAUGGUGAAAUCCUAUAUUUUCACCUUUUUGCUUCCCGUAAGCUUGUAUGCAUUCGCCCACUUGGAAAUAAUUCAUGGGAAAGAGCUAGAGUUGGGAAACCAUAAUAAUGAGGAGCAUUGUUCAAAGUUUCCUAAAAUGGAAAAGUCUUUGGAAAUGAUUGCAGAGUACGGAGUCUGCUUGCUCUAUUCUUUCAGGUUUCCAGAAGAUAUAAUGCUAUAAAGGAGGCAACUACUCCUUUUUGAAUCUGAGGAAAUAAUUCAUGGGAAAGAGUUGACUUGGGAAACUAUAAUAAUGAGAAAUGGUGUUCGAGGUUUCCCAGAAUGGAAAAGUCUUUGGAAAUGAUUCCAGCUACGAAUUCUGCUUGUUUCUAUUCUUCAAGGUACAUUUGAAGUAAUUUCCAUAGGAUGUAAUGCUAUAAAGGAGGCUGCAGCUCCUUUAUAAUUAUGAGGUACAUCUGAAGUAAUUUCCAUAAGAUAUAAUGCUUUAAAGGAGGCUACUGCUCCUUUGCAAAUUUGUGGGUGGCUUCAUGAAACAUGGCUCACUUAGAAAGUGCAAAAAUUUGAGUCUUUUCCUUAAAAGGAGCUCUGAAUGUUUAGGAGGAAGAUUUUAACCUAUUGUUUCAUGAAUGAGGGAUUCCUGCUUUUCUACAAUAGUUGCUUAUGAGGUAAACUACAAUGCUGCAAAUAAAUGGUCCUAUAAUUUCUACAAAUAUGUGUAUUUGUGGCUAAAAUAAUUUGUCC